CAGGACGUUCGUGUGAUCGUCCGCGCCCCUUCGUGUCUGGUUACGGUCGUGUUGUCCUUUUUUUCCCCCCCUAGUCUUUUGAGCUCGAGAGGGGAUUUGAUGAUCUGGAUUUUAUUCUUGUUCUUCUCUCCCUCUGAGGGCUAAGCGUUAACAGUUUUGUGGAUCUGACGAAUCAAACCCAAAAAGAGGAUAUUUUGUAUGCAACUUUAUUGAAAAGAGAGAAAAAAAAAAAAAAAAAACGUGUGAAUAUGUAAAUAUGAACUAAUUGAAGAUUUCCAUUUAAAGAAAAUCACGACUAGUAAGGAAUACUUUUCUCUAGAUAAAGAAAAGUGAGCUGUGGUUAGAACCCGCAAGUGUUUAUUGAGAUACUUACGAAAUGUAAAGGUUGUUUAUGCGGCAAGAGAUGAAAAACAAGAAAAGUCAACGGAUUAAAUAGCCUGCUUUUGUCACUGUGAAGAUAACGUGAACAUUGAUUAACGUUGCAUUUCACGCUGCAAGAUUAGUCUUCAAAAUCAAAAUCCUGGAAAAGGUGGCGGCGGCGGCGGCGGCGGCGGAGGAGGAGACUCGGCCACAGGAAGCGCGUCCGACACGUCAACGGAGGACCCUGUGUCGGAGAUCCGCCACCUCCUGCCGAAGGCCAAUCUCGCCAACAACACGGUCACCAACAUCCCCGUCCAGCUCGGCGCAACAGCCUUCCUGCCGUGCAAAUACCGCCACCUGGCCGAUCACCAGGUCAGUGACGAUCAGGUGUCCUGGUUCCGUCGGCGAGACUGGCACAUCCUCACUACUGGGAUUUUCACCUACACGAACGAUGAGAGGUUCACAGUGCUUCACCCGCCGGAAUCGGACGACUGGACGCUGCAGAUCAAGUACACGACCAGGAGGGACAAUGGCACCUAUGAAUGCCAGCUGUCAACAGGAACUGGUGUGAUUUCGCAGUUCGUCAAUCUCCACGUGGUUGUCCCCCAAGCCUUCAUACUGGGCAGCACUGACUACCAUGUACAACUCGGAUCAACAAUCAAGCUCGUUUGCGUCAUCAAACAGAGCCCGACGCCCCCGCAGUACGUGUUCUGGUACCACGACGAACACAUGAUCAACUACGACACCCAGCGAGGCGGCAUCAACGUCUCCACGGACACAGGCCCCAAGAAGACCCAGUCGCACCUCACCAUCUCCGACGCCCGCUACGAGGACACUGGCAACUACACCUGCAGCGCCUCCAACACCCGCAGCGCCUCCGUCAACGUCUUCGUGUCCUACGGCGACAAGAUGGCGGCAAUACAGAGACGGAAGGCCGGCGGAGGAGCACCCAGCCUGUCGCUCGCGCCCGGCCUUUGGUCCUUGGUGGCCGCCGCCUUCUGGGCCCUCAGAUGAUGUGCUUGGCCCAGCCACGCCCACCUCCUUGCCGCCGGCGACCAGCAGCGACCGCGAGCUCCCGGGGACUAGUAGAGAGAGAGAGAGAGGGAGAGGGAAGGAAAGAGGGAGAGGAGGAGGGAGGAGGAAAGGAAAUACGGGAUACAAAAUGGAAGAGGAAGAGGAAAAGGAAGGCAGCGAAAGCAAUGUGCAGAG